UUUCAGAAAAAUGGCAAAAUACGACUACAAUCCGAAGUAUGGGUUAGAAAAUUACAGCAUAUUCCUUCCCUUUGAGACAUCUUUUGAUGCAUUUCGAUCGACAACAUGGAUGCAAAAUCACUGGUAUCAAUCAAUUACAGCAUCUGUCGUGUAUGUAGCCGUCAUUUUUACAGGAAAGAAGAUUAUGGAAAAGUACAAGCCCUUCCAACUGGACACACCACUCUUCGUCUGGAAUUCAUUUUUAGCCAUUUUCUCAAUUCUCGGGUUCCUCCGAAUGACACCUGAAUUUGUAUGGAGUUGGUCAGCAGAAGGAAACUCAUUCAAAUAUUCAAUUUGUCAUUCAUCUUAUGCUCAAGGAGUCACUGGUUUCUGGACUGAACAAUUCGCAAUGAGCAAACUUUUCGAGCUCAUCGACACAAUCUUCAUCGUUCUUCGUAAACGUCCACUCAUCUUCCUUCACUGGUAUCAUCAUGUAACUGUUAUGAUCUACACAUGGCACGCGUACAAGGAUCACACUGCAUCAGGACGGUGGUUCAUUUGGAUGAAUUAUGGAGUUCAUGCUCUUAUGUAUUCCUACUAUGCUCUUCGUUCUCUGAAAUUCCGUCUUCCAAAACAAAUGGCAAUGGUUGUUACUACUCUCCAACUUGCUCAAAUGGUUAUGGGAGUAAUCAUCGGAGUCACUGUCUACCGUAUCAAGUCAUCGGGUGAAUACUGCCAACAGACAUGGGACAAUUUGGGAUUAUGCUUUGGAGUUUAUUUCACAUAUUUCCUUCUUUUCGCCAACUUCUUCUACCAUGCAUAUGUUAAGAAAAACAACCGUUAUACCGAAGUUAAGAAAGAUAAGAAGGAAAAGGAAGAGCCUGUUGAUUUCGAAAUUCUGGAGCCAAAAGAAGAUAUCAAUGCUAACAUCGCUGAGCCAUCCAUCACAACGAGGUCCGCCGCCGCACGAAGAAAAGUUCAAAAAGCUGAUUAGAAAAUAUCAGAUUGUUAUUUGUUCUCUAUUACCGGUACAGAGAGUGUAGAUAGUUAGAGAGUGACAGACAUCCGGGACCUAAUGGGGCGGGGCGCGCGGAAGAGACGAUUUGUGUCGAUUUACGAAAUAAUGACAACGAGGAAAAUUUCGUAAAUCGACACAAAUCGUCUCUUCCGCGCGCCCCGCCCCAUUGGGUCCCGGAUGUCUGUCACUCUCUAACUAUCUACACUCUCUGUACCGGUAAUAUUAUUUUUCGUUUCUUGAAAUUUCUCUUUUACUUUUUAUCAAACCUUUACGCUUUCCCUUAUUUAUAUUCGGCUAAUCAUCAGAGGCCACGCAAAACUAACACAUACUCAGAUCUCUCACCCUUCGUCCCCCCAACCAACCCCAAGUUUUCGUUAGCUUAUGCUCUUUCUUUUUUGCUCCGUUUUUUUUCUGUAAUUGCCGCAACAAAUUGAAACUCGUGUGAAAUAGAUUAGUAGUCUUUUUGUUUCCACAUUUUUUCCAUCGUUUUCUGUAUUUCUCUUGCCAACACAAAAGAAAGAAUUAAUUUUAAUCGUUAUUCUUUCUCAGAUAAAAUUCUAGACACUUU